AUGAGCACCUUGUGCCGACGCUCGACGCUGCUGGGCUGCUGCGCGCCCCUGCGCGCCGUCAAGAGCCUCAAGGGCAAGUCCAACGCCAGCGCGCGCUGGGUGCGGCGCCAGUGGAGCGAUCCCGUGGUGAAGCAGGCCAAGCGCGAGGGCCUCCGCUCGCGCGCCGCCUUCAAGCUGCGCGAGCUCAACGACCGGUUCCAGCUCCUGCGGCGAGGCGACAUGGUGCUGGACCUGGGCGCGGCCCCCGGCGGCUGGACGCAGAUAGCGGUGGAGGCCACGGCCCCCAAGAGCAAGGGCCUGAAGACCUACGGCCAGGAGCCCGCGCCGCGCGUGGUGGCCGUAGAUCUCAAGCACUUCGACCCCGUGGAGGGUGCGGCCAUCGUGGUGGGCGACUUCCGCCAGGCGGCGGUGCGCCGGCAGCUGGACGAGGCUCUGCGCGGACGCAAGGCCGACGUGGUGCUGAGCGACAUGGCCCCGUCCUUCUCGGGCAACUUCCUCACGGACAGCCAGCACCAGCUGAGGCUGUGCCACAACGCGCUCAAGAUGGCCGAGCUCUACCUGCGGCCCGGAGGCAACUUCGCCACCAAGAUCCUGCGUUGCGACGGGUCCGAGGAGUUCCGGGCCGACCUGAAAGAGGCGUUUGAUGUUGUCAAGGCCAUGAAGCCGCAGUCCUCGAGGCCAGAGUCCACCGAGAUGUUCCUGGUGGCCAAGGGCUUCAAGGGCGCGAAACCUGCUGCGAGUGAAGACGCCAAGGAAUGA